UGGGGAAGGAAAAAACCUGCAUUUCAGAUGCAUCUCACCGACCUCGCACACCCUUAGAACCGUCGUUGAGCCAAUCGCGUUUAUAGAAGAAGCGAGAACUAGUCGGCUUGAAGGUGGAUAACAAUGGCGGGUUGGCAGAGGAAUUUACAGACUGUUAUCCGUCAAGUUGGUAAAAGAGUGAAGAACAACAAUCACAUUUCUACUGCAAAUUACUCUUCGACUCGGAAUUUAGAAUCCCCUUUCUCACAAGGCUACUUGCAGAGUCUUCUGAGACCAAACUAUUGCUCAAGACCACUGUAUCAUCAUCUACAACAACUGGGAAUUUCUACCUCAAGACACUUAAAGGCGGCUGAAGAACCUGUUUCAUCACCUUUGUCAUCUCCAGCUCUGUUGGGUAGUGGUAAAGAAGAAGAGCAGAAGAUUAUCCCAAAGCGUCAGAAAGUUCAGGCUGUCUUGAAGUCCAUAAAGCAGAGUCCUAAGAAGGUCAACCUGGUUGCAGCAUUAGUCCGUGGCAUGCGUGUUGAAGAUGCUUUGAUGCAAUUGCAGGUCACAGUCAAACGAGCUUCACAGACCGUGUACCGGGUUAUCCACGCUGCCCGUGCAAAUGCUACUCAUAACCAUGGACUAGAUCCUGACCGUCUCCUUGUUGCGGAAGCGUUUGUUGGGAAGGGACUCUUUGGGAAGAAGGUAGCUUACCAUGCAAAAGGAAGAAGCGGGAUUAUAUCAGUACCCCGGUGUCGUUUAACAGUCAUAGUUAGAGAGACGACUCCAGAGGAAGAAGCUGAGAUUGCGAGGCUCAAAGUUCACAAUUUUAAGAAGAAGAGCAAACGGGAGAGACAGCUUGUACCACACAAGCUCAUUGAGACAACUCCAAUCUGGAACCGCAGAGGUACCAAAGCCAAUCAUCGGUCCUCAGAGUUAGUACCGCGGUCUCACUAGUAUAUUUGCUCCUGCAACUGUAACAAGAGUUUCUCUGUUACCGUACCUUCUUGUUUGUUUAGGGUCAAUGAUGUAUUGGUACUCAAUAGGACGGGUUUGCUAUUGCACUCAAUAAACAUGUUGUCUGAGAGGAACCAAAACUUUACUUUUGACAUAAGCGUCUCCGUUUGUCUCCAUUCUGUCUCUGGAUGUGUUUUCAUAGUUUUUUUUCUUAAAAAGGCAAAGUUAUAAAUCUCUA